UCCUCCACAUUCCCACAUCCCCGCAUCCUCCACAUCCCGGCAUCCUCGCAUCCGCUCAUCUCUGCAUCCUCGGGGUUUUCUCUCACUCCCGGGUACCUCGCACUGAGUGUUCCGCCCCAGGCCUCCUUGGGGAUUUGUCCUUGACAACCUUACAGUCUCGGAAUUGGGGCGCUUCCCUUUUAAGAAUGCAGACUGAAGGAAAACGGCGUCUUGUUGGGACCUGUAUGCCCUAAAUGCUUGGCAUAGUUCCCGUCCAUAAUUGCUGGUAAAUGGUCACCAGAUGGAUAACUGUUUCUUCUCCUGUGUUGCAGGUCACCUAGAAGACCGCACUCCUCUCGGCCGGAGAGCGGGAGACUGUCCCGGCAGGGCAGGCGGACAGGAGGAGGACAUGGAUGGAUGCUGAAGCGCGGGGCGGACAGCAUUUGAGAGCGCCGGGGCCGGCGGCACCGCGAGGGCGCGCCCCCCAUGCAGCUGAGGAAGAUGCAGGCCGUCAAGAAGGAGCAGGCCUCGCUGGACCCCGGCUGCAGCGCGGACAGGGCGGUGGUGCUCAGUGCGGCCUUAACUGACGUCUCCGAGGACCUCUCCACCGGAGAGGAGCUGCUUCUGGCUGAAGGAGGCGUGGGGAAAGGCAAGUCCUCCGCGUGCCGGCGGAAGCGGGAGUUCAUCCCCGAUGAGAAGAAGGACGCCAUGUACUGGGAGAAAAGGCGGAAGAAUAACGAAGCUGCCAAGAGGUCCCGGGAGAAGCGCCGGCUGAACGACCUUGUGCUGGAGAACAAGCUCAUUGCGCUGGGAGAGGAGAACGCCACUUUGAAAGCUGAGCUGCUUUCCCUGAAAUUGAAGUUUGGCUUAAUUAGCUCCACAGCCUAUGCCCAAGAGAUCCAGAAGCUCAGGAAUUCCGCGGCCGUCUACUUCCAGGACUACCCGGCCGCGGCGCCCGGGGCCUUCGCGGAGGAGUCCUCCAGCAACUCCCCGAGGACGUCCGAAACCGAUGAUGGUGCCGUGGGAAAGUCCUCGGACGGAGAAGACGAGCAGCAGGUUCCCAAAGGCCCGAUGCACUCGCCCCUCGAGCUGCAGCACGGACACGCCACGGUGGUUAAGGUCCCGGAAGCGAACGCCUCUGCCUUGCCACACAAGCUCCGCAUCAAAGCCAAAGCCAUGCAGAUCAAAGUAGAGGCGCUCGACACGGACUUUGAGGCCGCGCACAAACCUCCCUCGGCCGUUGGCCCGACGGCCAAGCGGCAUUUCGGGCCGGAGAAGCUCAGUGCCCCAAGUGCGGGCCAUCCCCCCCUCACUCCUUUCUCAGUGCAAGUGACUAACAUCCAAGACUGGUCUCUCCGGUCGGAACACUGGCAUCAGAAAGAACUUACGGGCAAAACUCAGAACAGUUUCAAGGCUGGAGUCGCCGAAAUGAAAGACAAUGGCUACAAAGUGUCCGACCCAGAGAACUUGUUUUUGAAGCAGGGCAUAGCAAACCUCUCUGCAGAGGUGGUCUCGCUGAAGAGACUCAUAGCCACACACCAGAUCUCUGCGUCCGACUUGGGGUGAAUUACUACUGACCAGCCUCUCCCGGGAGGCGUCACUGGCCGCCGUGCGUGUGUUUUGUGUCAGGCUGCGUUUCACUGGACCUGUGAUGUCAUUUCACUGUACUGCUCACACGUUGUCUGUCAGGUCUCUUUUUCUGCACAAAUUAUUAUGAAGAUUAGAGUGUGUUAUCACCCUGCCUUGUGUAUAGUCAAAUAGUCCAUGAAAAGACUGUAUAUACUGAACAUUAUUUUUUUUGUUCUAUUAGAAAGUGUGGAAGUUACCAGUUUCAAUAAAGGAUUGGUGACAAACACAGAA